CUGAGACGACAUAGGCGCACUCAGAAUGUCCGAUAACUGUACGUGGGAUUGGUUGAUGGAAUGUCGAAGCAACGGACUUCCCUGCUGGCUAGUCGUCCCCACUUGGGCGUUUCUGGUCACUGACAGAAGCAAAACGAAGGAAGGAAAUGACGUUACACAUUCGGAUGUGUUGCUUUUGUAUGAAGGCCAUUCUUGAAUGUCCGCCACAGAACAGUCCGUGCGACGUAGUCUUACUGUGGUGCAAUCAACAAGUCCCGUUGCUGCAGAAAUUCCUGCGAAGAUUCCAUCCUCCCCAACCCGGAUAUCCUGGAUCGCAUACUAUUUCUCUCUGUGUGGACAAGAUCUUUCCAGGUGCAGUAGCGGCAUUGCUGCCGAAGCUGGUCUUGUCGCUUGUCCCGUAUGUGAUCAGCACUUUCAGAAUGGCGUACUUAUUCGCCACUUAAUUCUGCACCUUCUCACGGACGAACUCUACUCAGGAAGCUUGUGGCCCUUUGAAUUUUGUCCCGAUUGUGUGUGUUCUUUAUCCGGCAGUGGUGCCGUGUGCCUGCAUCGCGAAGUUCACACGCACGUGCGAGAUAAUUCCCCAGCCACUCUCCUAAAUGGUCAUUUUGUCUGUCCUAUUUGUGAACAGAUUUUUCAUUCCAUACUGAAGUUUGCUGUCCAUCUUUACGAGCGACAUGUGUUUCGGGAUGCACCUUACGUGUGUAGUAUUUGCCAUACAUUCCACACCUCUUGCUACUCGGAUUUACUAACACAUUUAAACUCUUCCCAUGCAUUUACAAACCAAAUAUUUUGCCCUUAUUGCCUCAAGUACUUCGAACUUCCUGUGCACACACCAAGUGUCGGAUCACAGUCCAACACAUUCACAGCGCAUCGUUUCUAUGAGCAUGUGCGGUCACACUGGGACGACUUGACUUAUCGCUGCGAGUCUUGUCGUCUGGAUUUUGUCCACCGCAAAGAUUUACGUGUUCAUGAGUACCUACACCACUGCGGUUCGCAUGCAACAUCAGUUGUGAACCAUUCCGACAGUCCGGAACACAUUCUUUCUUCACCAGAAGCAUCUAACCAAUUGUUUUUGUAUUACUCCAACCAGCUACGUACUGUUACGCCGCGUAUGAGUCUAAAGUGUCUGGAGUGCGGUGAAACCUUACGGCAACCGAUUAGUCGACAUUUCAAUCUCACUGUGAGAUGUCCCGGUUGUCGUUUUUCUUCCUCAUGUAGCAUGGCGGUGCACUGGCACUGGUGCAAUGUGCACUCAGCUCCAUCCAUUCCAUCUUCGUCUGUGACCGAUCUUUCCUCAGAGCUGACAUCAUGGGAGCGCUGUGUAAGCUCCUUGGUCGGUUCUCUUAACUUUGACCACAAGGUCCGCCAUCACGUGGCCCUCAAAUCACACGAUCCGUGUGGUUCACUGCUUACACGCAUGCGUCGCUGCAAGCAUAAACAUUCACCUCCGGGUUUGGAAUUUCACGGUUUGUUGCGCUGUCCUUGUGGAUUUCGAACUAUAUUAGGAAACGAAAUGGCCAAACAUUUGGUUGCUACUAAUUGCGGGUUCUCCUCAGUCCGACUUGACCGCAGUUCGCGCCUACCGAUCUUUCCCAUAGUUGAUUCGUCAAGGCGCACCCUCAUGCAAAGUCGGAACAGAUCGUUAUCCAAACUACGCCGUUCCCCACUUGUUCUCCAAGGUGUCAGUCUAUGUUCUAAUAAAUAAGCACGCCAUCAAGCGCAUGUCCUUUCCGUGUACCUUAUUUUCUGUAUCCCGAGCAAAAUACUGCUCCUUGUACAAAACAAACGUGCAUCUUAUUGCUUUUGUUAGCAACAUUAACUGACUUCGGACUCAUCCUCCCGCAUUGAGGAUAGGGCCGAUCGAUCAGGGCCAGCAGCAUUUCCCAAGUAAAACAUUCGCGUCGUAACCCAACUCUUAUCAUAAUACACUUUCGUAUUUUUUGAGUUAGCA